AUGACGGAAUCCGAUGCUCCCUGCCCCGCCUGCCAUUGGACGCCUAAGCAGCAAAGCCGUUGCAACUACACGAGUAACGUGCACCUCUUCAGCGGCACCAGCAAUCGAGGCCACUGGGCCCUCGGCACAAAAUACAUCCUGAAAGAUCGCGGGGCCGAUCCCAAUUAUGAGGUCAUAAACACCCACUUCCUUCAAGCGAAUACCACCAUCCCCGUCCCGACCGUGGCGCAGGACUGGACCGAGAAUUCCCGGCACUUCACCAUGGUUGAGCGGUCCGCUCGGAAGGAAUUGGCUCACUGCACUGCGGAGUAUCUGGGGCAGCUCCGCUCGCUCCAGUCGGAGACGAUGGGAAGUGUGGAUGGGUUGCCGCUUUACUGUGGGUUUCUAUUUCCGGGGAAGGGAAAUGAGGCGUCACAGGUUCCCCAUGGGCCACUGACGACGGCUGAGCAACUCUGGGCGGAAUUGGAAAAGUCUCUGGAUGUGCAUGGGCUGGAUGUUCCGCAGGCUGUGAAGGUGCGGCUCCGCGAUCGUAUGCCUGACCCUGCGCCUUGGACGUUUACUCAUGGCGAUUUGGCGAUUUGCAAUAUCAUGGUGGAUCCUAUGACCUAUGAAAUGACGGGAAUUAUUGAUUGGGAACGGUCCGGGUAUUUCCCUGUCUGGUGGGAGUUUGCCUUUGCGGUGCUUGGACUGAGCCAAGAGGACAAAGAGUGGAAGGAUCUGCUUCGCGGAAAUUUGGCCAAUCACGAAGAAGCGCUGAACUGGUGGCUUGAUUUCAAGGCUUGCACGGAUUGUAGUUGGGUUCCGGGGAGGAAAAACAGGCUUUGGAGGGAGUGUGGUAUAGAUCUGUAG